CAGAAAAUCGCAAUCCCUAUCCAACAAUUCCAUCCAGGCGCAAAUUGAAUUACAUAUUUGAAACAAAAUAAACAGAGGCUUUAAUGGCGUCUUCUCUACCAUCAUCUCUUUCAGUGAUCCUGAACCAACCGCACCAUUCUCUCAAAAUCAAAACUCGAUGCUUCUUCUCCAGCAUCAGAUUCCUCUCCUCCAACAAUCCUCUAGCUUCCAAUACCUGCUGCCAUGGCCUUUUCCCCCAACGCACACUCAAAAGAAAGAGCUUUUCUCUCAAUCUUUCUAGAAACUUUUCCCAAUCUCACAAUUCUGCAUUUAACAAGACCGACGGCGCUGGCCUUCACCAUUUUGUCGCUCAGGCUUCUCUCCCUGCUUCAGAAACACAGUCACAGCCCCAUCUUGUACCAGCUUUUGAACUUCCUUCAGACUCUGAAAUUCCUCCAAGGGGACGCAUGUAUCAUGAGACUUAUGGAUGUCAGAUGAAUAUCAAUGAUAUGGAGAUUGUCCUAUCUAUUAUGAAGAAUGCUGGAUAUAAUGAAGUUGUGGAUGUUCCUGAAAAUGCUGAGAUCAUAUUUAUCAAUACUUGUGCUAUAAGAGACAAUGCAGAACAAAAAGUGUGGCAGAGACUUAAUUACUUUUGGUUUCUAAAGAGACAUUGGAAAAGCAAUGUUGCAAUUGGAAGGUCACAGUCUCUUCGUCCUCCGAAGGUCGUUGUAUUGGGAUGUAUGGCUGAGAGGUUAAAGGACAAGAUCCUUGAUGCAGAUAAAAUGGUUGAUGUGGUUUGUGGACCUGAUGCUUAUAGAGAUUUGCCAAGAUUACUGGAAGAGGUAGACUAUGGGCAAAAAGGGAUCAAUACACUUCUUUCACUUGAAGAGACUUAUGCAGAUAUUAGUCCAGUUCGAAUCUCCAAAAAUUCAAUUAGUGCUUUUGUCUCAGUGAUGAGGGGUUGCAAUAAUAUGUGCUCGUUUUGCAUUGUUCCUUUUACUAGAGGCAGGGAGCGGUCACGUCCUGUGGAUUCAAUAGUGAAGGAGGUUGCAGAACUCUGGAAAGGAGGAGUGAAAGAGGUAACUCUUCUUGGUCAGAAUGUGAACAGCUAUAAUGAUGCAUCUGGUAUUGAAAAAGAAGUUGAACCAGGUUCAAAUUGGAAAUUAAGUGAAGGCUUUUCCAGCAUGUGCAAAGUAAAAAAGAUGGGACUACGUUUUUCUGAUCUCUUGGAUCGACUUUCGAUUGAAUUUCCUGAGAUGCGGUUUAGAUACACAUCACCACACCCUAAAGACUUCCCAGAUGACUUAUUGCAUGUCAUGCGAGACAGAUAUAAUAUCUGCAAAUCUAUUCAUUUACCUGCACAAACCGGGAGUAGCACAGUUCUUGAGAGAAUGCGACGGGGAUAUACUAGAGAAGCAUACUUAGAUCUUGUGCAAAAGAUAAGAAAAAUGAUGCCAGAUAUUGGUAUAAGCAGUGAUUUCAUAUGCGGUUUCUGCGGAGAGACUGAGGAGGAACACAAAGACACGCUGAGUCUUGUCCGAGCUGUUGGAUAUGAUAUGGCUUACAUGUUUGCAUAUAGCAUGAGGGAGAAGACCCACGCCCACAGGAAUUAUGUGGAUGAUGUUUCUGAUGAUGUCAAGCAGAGGAGGCUCACUGAACUCAUCGAGGCUUUCCGCGAGAGCACUGGUAAGUGUUAUGACUCCCAGAUUGGAACUGUCCAGCUUGUGUUGGUAGAAGGGCCUAACAAAAGAGCUCCUGACACUGAACUUAUUGGCAAGAGUGAUAGAGGCCAUAGAGUUUCAUUCACCAAUCUGCCAAUACCAAAUAGAGAUGAGGAUGCAAGUAACAAGCGAAACCCAGUUGUAGGAGAUUAUGUGGAAGUUUAUAUUUUGAAGUCAACACGGGCAUCACUUUUUGGAGAAGCACUUGCCAUCACUAAAUUAAGCUUAUUUCACAACAAUGUAAACCAAGAAGCUGUUGCUUGUGCAAGCUGAUGAAAACCUAGCAGCUCAUGAGCAAAUCAGGCAAUUUUCCAUUUCUCAUUCCUGUUAAAUUAGUAGAUGGGGCCUUUCUUCCUGCAUGAUAUUUCUUUAGGGCUGUUUCUUUCCAGGAGAUUUGGAACUUUUGCAUGCAGUCCUGAUCUGAUUGAAUAGAAAAUGAUGGAUGAGGUUAAACUUGCUAUUAAUAUGAUUCUGAAUGUGGGAGCGUAUAAAAUAUUUAUUGUAAAGACAGGUCCUGAUAUUCCGGCUGAAUAUCUGCAACUUUAGAAUAGCUUAGAGGCAAAACAUUUUUGUAUUUUAGGCUCAGGUGCUAGUGAUUAGGUUGUCAUUAGAGAAAUUCUUAAUACUGUCAAGAAUAUAAUCCCUUCCAAGGUUUCUCUAAGUGUAAAUUUAGCAAUUUCAUUAUAUGCAUCUAAUAUUUUUAGUAUGUGCUCCA